AUGUCUCCCCCAGCAAUUAUAGCCCCGUCGAUAUUGAGUGCCGACUUUGGCGCGCUGGGAGGAGCAUGUUCAAGAACCAUGGAACAAGGGGCCGACUGGCUUCAUGUGGACAUUAUGGACGGGCAUUUCGUGCCAAACAUGACCUUUGGAGCUCCCGUUGUCUCCAUGAUUCGCACACAUGUCGAUCGGCCCAAGACCGCUGGAGGAAGAGGCACGUUUGAUUGCCACAUGAUGAUCGCAGAGCCGCAUCGGUGGGCUGCCACAUUCCGCGACGCGGGAUGCGAUCUGUACUGCUUCCACUACGAGGCAGCCGUAACGUCCGUCGCGGCUACAGAACCUGCCGACAAAACCACCACACGCAAGACGUCCCCGAAAGAACUGAUAAAGUAUAUCCACGAUCUGGGCAUGCAGGCCGGCAUUGCCAUCAAACCAGACACGAGUGUAGACGUGCUGUGGGACAUCUUGGAGAAUGAAAAUGCCGCAGAACGACCGGAUAUGGUACUCGUUAUGACGGUUCAUCCUGGAUUUGGCGGCCAGAAGUUCAUGGCCAGCGAGCUACCCAAGGUGUCCGCGCUUCGCAAGAAGUACCCCGAGAUGAACAUCGAGGUGGACGGUGGGUUGGGUGAAUCUACGAUAGAUCAAGCGGCAGAUGCUGGGGCCAAUGUUAUUGUUGCUGGGAGUGCUGUGUUUGGGGCCAAGGAUCCAGGUCAAGUCAUCAGCGCUCUGCGGGAGGCUGUAGAGAAGAGAAGAGGAGGGAAGUUAUAG